GCCAUGGUGGACCCGGUGCCUGAAGAGGAGAAGGCUGGAGCUGAGCCUGGAGGCUCAGGAGCAGAUGGGGCUGCGGCAUCCGUACCCCCUGAUGCCCAAGGCGCCCAGCAGCCCGCGGCCUCAGCCUCAGCCUCCGCAGCGGUGCCCCGCAAGGCGGAAGUCCAGUGCUCUGCAGAAGGCGGGCGGCGGGAGCAGUCCCCGUUGCUGCACCUCGACCUGUUCAACUUCGACUGCCCGGAGGCCGAGGGCAGUCGCUACGUGCUGACCAGCCCCCGCUCGCUGGAGGCCUGCGCCCGCUGCGCGGUCAAGCCGGUGGAGCUGCUGCCCCGGGCCCUGGCCGACCUGGUGCGCGAGGCCCCGGGCCGUUCCAUGCGGGUGGCCACGGGUCUGUAUGAGGCGUACGAGGCCGAACGGCGAGCCAAGUUGCAGCAGUGCCGGGCGGAGCGCGAGCGCCCCCGGCGCUGGCUGCCGCGGGCCUCGGCCAGGUACAGCUGUCCAGCAGGGUCCGCGUCCUCGGUCACCAACCCUCUGGGGCGUCCUAACGCCCUGGCUCUGGUUCCGCUCACCGGCCGCAGCUUCAGCCUCGGCGACCUGAGUCACUCUCCACAGACAGCUCAACACGUGGAGCGCAUUGUGCGCCAAGUGCGUGCAGAGCGGGGUCUGCGUGGGGUGCCGGAGCGCGACCGGAAGAUUGCGGCGCUCAUGCUGGCGCGCCAUCAGGAGGAGCGCCUGUUGCUGGAGCAGCGGGCGGCGGCCGAGGGCCAGCUGCUGCGGGAGAAGCGGGAGCUGAGCCGAGCCGAGAGGGCGCGCCACGAGGCAUUGCUGCAGGGCCGGGCCCGGCAGCAGCUUGAGGAGCGAGAGGGCCUGCGGAGCUCCCUGGAGGCCAGCUUGGGCCGCGCGCAGGAGAACUACGAGCAGUUAGUGGAGCAGCGCGCCCGGGAGUUGCGGGAGCGGGCCCGGCGGGAGGAGCUGCAGAGUCGGCGGGCCAAGGAGGCGGCGGAGCGCAAAGAGCGGGAGCAUCAGGCUCACCUGGAGGCGCUGGCCCGCGCUGGGGAGCGACGGCUACAACACGCGACGCAAGUGGCGGAGGAGGCUGUGCAGCAGAAGGCGCGGCGCGUGGGCCAGAGUCGGCUGGAGAAGGAGCGGGCCCAGCGCGCCAACAAAGAGAAGGUGGAGCGGGACGAAGACUGCCGGCGGCGGGAGCUGCUCCAGGCGAUCGGGCGCAAGCUGGAGCGCAGCGAGCAGCUAUCGCGGGAGCGGCGCAGCGCGCUGGAGAGCGCGCGCUCCACAGCGCGGGCCUCCUUCCAUGUGCGCGAGAAGGUGCGCGAGGAAACCAACACUCGUUCCUUCGACCGCAUGGUGCGGGAAGCCCAGUUACACGCCAGCCUGGACCGCAAAUGACUGUCCUCUUCACUAGCCAGACUGGCAUGCACAGUCUGGUGGGGCUUCCCUCGGCCACUUUGACGAAACCCUGGAGUCCCCAGUCGAAGCCCAGCACUGUGGCCUCUCCAGGCUUCUGACCAAUGGGGCAAUGAGAGGACCCACAUAUGGGACCUGUCAGUCUGCCCCUUUGUUUUUAAACUUACUUUAUCUGGAGAUGACAAAGCACAAUCUUUGUCCACAUCUGCCCCUGGUGGCUUCCACACAGGCCCUUGCCAAACUUUUCUGUCUUUUGGGUUGGAAUAGAGAGGACCUAGAGGGGAAGGGGCCAGUUGGGACUGGGGCGAGGGCACGUAAGAGAGAGUGCAGAGGCAAUUGUCCCCAGACAGUUUCUGGUCUCAGACACUGAGCCGUCUUUCAGCUGCUACAGAGAGGAAGCAGCUCCCGGGAUCACCUCCGACUAUCUAAAUACAGAAAGUUGCACAAAGCUUGGAGGCUUCCCAGAAAAGCACAGCUCUUCAAUGGUGGCCAGCCAGGCCCAAAUGACCCCCUAAAGGGUAGAUUCUUACAUGCUGUAUUUUUAAUUGGCCACCUGAGCAAAUUCACAUCUUAGUUCUGAGUUUUUCCGUUGAGACUCCCAGGUUUUCUAGUUAGACAAUCAUCUGCAGAUAAUAAUCAAUUGUGUCUUUUCUCUCUACUUAUUCUCCCAAGUGGCACAAGAAAUGGAGUGGUUUGAUGAUGCUGUUUAGCUUUAAAGGAAGCCCCUGCCCCUGGAGGAGGCAGGUUCCUCAGGCAGCAGUGUUCCACCCCAUUAAGCUUUCUUGCAGGGUGUUUCAGAAGAGGCAGGGCGUGAUGCCCACCUCCCAGUGAGGGGCCCGCUCCUUGCAGACAGGAGCCAUGCCUUAAGAAGCAGAGCUUCCUUAUGUGCCUGCUCAGGCUAUUCCUGCUUAAUCUCCAGCCCUGGUUGCAGUCUCAAGGAUGAGCCCUAGAGAGCGUGGAGUGGAAGAGCCCCUCUGUGAAGGGGAUACACUCAGCUGCUCUGAGGACGGAAUGUCCUCGGCUGCUUUACUGUGUUGGCCAAAAUGCUGGAAUUGCCUCUUUGCUGAGAGUUGUGCUCGUUAUUGUUGACAGUGUUUCUCCUCUCCAAGAAAAAGUCUCCCCCUCAUCUAUGAUGGAAAGUACUUAACCUGUCUCCUGGUGCCUCACCUUUCCCAUCCUCCAGAUGGGGCUAUCAGUAUUCCUCUUCUGGUACCUCAAGGUUUCCGGGAUCCAAAGCACCCCUUCAGUGUUAUUCGUUGGUCUUCCCUGUGCCUUUCUUGACCUGGAGUUGGGAGGCGGGAGGAAAUCUGUUAGCCUAGUUUGUUCCUGGGAAGAUGGAUUCCUGGCACUGGACAGAUGGUCAUUUAGCUUCUGGGGGGAAAAUACUUGCAAUGCCAGGCCCCUCCCGCAUCCAGAAGGUCAUCAGGCAGUUUUACCCCAUAGAGCACUUGCCUUCCAUGAAGCUGAAAUUCAUCCCCAGCCGUAUCCAUCCAUCGACUCGGCCUUCAUUAGUGAUGGUGGAAGUAAACCAUCACUUUUUAUGUUAAAUCAGGAUCAGGAAAUGAAAAGUAACCAAAAAUAAAUAAAUAAAUAAAUAAGGAAUCAGGGUAGAGAACUAUUACAUUAGACGUAUUUCAUGUAUAUUCUGCUGGGCAGAAUUAUCCUUAAAUGGCUGGUUAUCACACAUACACACACACACACACACACACACACACACACACAUUUAUCAACUCCUCAGUCCCACCCCAUCACAUGCCAACAAGUGUAGGAGGAAUAUUGUGUAGAAGAAAGCAUGUAGGUCUUACAUGUAAGGUGUCGUGAAACCAGGAAAGGAACUACAUACCCAGGUUUAUUUCUUCUGUGGGCGAUUAUUUUUUCCCCUUAAAUUUUAAUUUUUAUUGAAAACGAGGUUGUCAGAGGACUGUGAUUAUUGGGAUUGUCUGUGAGUCAGGAGCAUUCAUCUAAAAGGUGAACGUGAUUCUAGUUCUUCUAUUGUGGUUCCUGAGUUGCUAGAGGGUUUUUGAAACCUUCAUAGAAGUUUCACCCUAAAAUUAUUUACUUCCGAAGUGUGUGCAUUCAUUUCAGAAGACAAUCUGGUUUUUGGGAUAAGCCCUGACAGGUACAGAGGUGAUCUUUCUUACCUAGCACUAUACCCAGUCUGUUUUCUGACUUACUGAGUAACUUUGGGUAGAUACCUCUCUGUGCCUGAGGAACCUGACUCCUGCCCUCCCUUGCCCACCAACACUGUGAAGAUGUUGAAUCAGAAUCUGAGUGACAUUCCCGUUCCUAGUUUUGUCACUCUGGAACUGUAAAAACAGUCACUAUAAAUAGGAAGGUCAUAUGACUCUACUACAGUUAGCGUAAUGUACCGUUAUGACUAGAGCAGAAAGGAUUGGUCUUGAAAAGCACAAUGUGGAUCAAGUGUCGCCUGUGAUGCCCAGGUCUAAAUGUCACUAAAUUAGAGAUGCUAAAUUGCACUUAGAAAGAAGCACUGUGUAAAGGCUAAACGUUUAGAGUCCUAAAAAAAAAAAAAAAAAAAAUUAAUGCUAUAUAGUAGAAUUAAAG